AUGAGUCAAAGUGAUCCGAAAAAUAAACCAUCUCCCAUGGAAUGUUCCCUAACGAAACAUCUUUAUUUCGAUAGGCUUUUACAUAUUCUCCCUAUUGAAUCUAAAUUGAAGACAUAUGCAGAUGUGGAGGCAGAUCAGGUUUUCAAUUCGUGUAGGUCCAUUAUUCUAAAUAUAGCUAUAACGAAAGAUUUGAAUCCUAUCAUUAAUAACACACUUAAAGUGAUCGACGUGAUUGUUCAAGAUGAAGAGAUCACCUCUGAUAACAUUACCGAUGAUAUUGCACACUCCGUAUUGGUUCUUUUAAGACUACUAAGUGAUGUUUUUGAGUAUUACUGGGACCAGAACAACGACUUUAAGAAGAUCAGAAACGAUAACUAUAAACCAGGCUUUUCUAGCCAUAGGCCGAACUUCCAUACGUCUAGACCAAAGCAUGCAAUGAUUGAUCCGACUUUAGCCAUAGCGUUAUUAUGCCAAGUUUCUAAACUGAAAUUCAAUACGAGAACCCUAAARGUCUUGCAGAAUAUGUCUCAUCAUCUUUAUGGUAAUGCCACCAUUCAAAGUUCUAGCAUUUUGCCCAGUUCACAAGAUUUUUUGGAAAAGAGGAAUUAUCCAGCAUAUACCGAUAAAAUAGAUUUAACAAUAGAUUAUAUUCAGAGGUUUAUAUCUGCUUCCAACCAUGCAGAGUACACUAACUGUGUCAAGACAAAAGUUGUAGCACCUUUAUUAAUAUCACACACACUUACUGAAUUAGGCGUCGUACAGCACUUGGAUCUGUUUGGUUGCACAUACUUGACCAACAAAAAUUUGUUGGCGUACUUAGAUAUUUUGCAGCAUCUAUCAAGUUAUAUGAAAAGAACCAUAUUUCACUCCCUGUUGUUAUAUUAUGCCUCCAAAGCUUUCCUAUUUUGGAUAAUGGCUAGGCCGAAAGAAUAUGUUAAAAUCUACACUAAUUUAGUGUCAUCCAAUGACAAUAACGCAACAUCUUCAGACUCAGGUACUGAGCAUUCUGGCUUGAAUACUUCCGAUAAAACAUCUAUAUCCCAAUUAGUUUCACUUUUGUUUGAUAACGUUUACUCUACUUUUAAUGUAUCGUCAUUAUUAACCAACGUCUACAAUGAUCAUCACCACCAUAUCCAUCACUCUUCCUCUUCAUCAAAAACUAAUAGUAACAACACUAACAGUCCAAACUCUGUAUCAAAAUCAUCAACAAAGCAAUCGAGUACGAACGUAUCUGGUAAUGUUUCUCCGAUUCCGUCAUGCACACAAGGAAAUGAUACCUCACCUACUUCUCCCAUGGCAACACUAAGUUCACCCUUGAAUCCGAAUAUCAUGGGGUACCCAUUGUCUCCAAUAGCCUCAGCAUUAGUGGACCCAAGCAUCAACACAUCGACUACAACUGCGGUAUUAAAUAGAAGUACUGAUACCACCACAGCAAACAAUAGUAGUAAUAAUAACAAUAACAAUAACAAUAAUAAUAAUAAUAAUAAUAAUAACAAUGAUAACGCUAAUUUCAAUAAUAUUCCACACCACAUUUUUUCCUUAGAUGAUAUUUCAUCGUUCAAUUCAAGCAGAAAAUCGCUUAAUCUCGACGACAACAACUCCUCUUUUCUUUGGGAUAAUUCACAAAAGUUAAAUGCAUUAAUGGGAAAUACGAAUGUACAUCCAGCUGUGAAUAAUCCACAGUCUUCGAACGCACAUUGUUCUUUAAACUAUAUGGAAAAUAUCAUGGAAUUAUAUUCAAAUUAUACGGGAUCGGAAUUGUCUUCUCAUACUGCAGUAUUAAGGUUUCUGAUUGUCCUGACUUUAUUGGACAGUGAAGUGUACGAUGAGAUGAAUUCAAACUCAUAUAGAAAAAUAUCGGAACCAAUUUUAAAUGCUAAUUCUAAGGAUUCCAGUAGUUCAGGCUGGGGCUCAGCAUCGAAAAAUCCAAGUAUUAAGCAUCUUACUCAUGGUUUAAAGAAACUUACUUUACAACAAGGUAAAAAACGUAAUGUCAAGUUUUUGACAUAUUUAAUGAAAAAUUUGAAUGGCGGACAAUUCGUUUCAGAUGUAUCGCUAAUUGAUUCUAUCAGAUCUGUUUUAUUCUUGAUGACAAUGACUUCUUCUAUAUCCCAAAUUGACUCAAAUAUUAGUUCCGUCGUUUUUUCGAAGAGGCUAUUUAACCUGUUGGGUCAAAACUUAGAGGUUGGUUCAAAUUGGAAUUCUGCAACAUCGAACACUUUCAUUACCCACUGUACCGAAAGGAAUCCUGUUAUUCAUAGGCGUUUACAAUUGGAGUUUUUUGCAAGUGGUCUACAAUUAGAUCCUGAUUUAUUUUUGAGACAUUUACAAUUGGAAAAGGAACUAGCUCAUAUAGACCUACCUAAAAUAUCGUUAUACACCGAAGGGUUCAGGGUGUUUUUUCACCUAGUAAGUACCAAAAAAUUACAUGAAGAUAUUGCAGAAAAGACUUCUGCUCCUCUGAAAAGGUUGUUUUGCAUCAUCGCGGAUAUUUUGUUGAAGGCAACCCCUUAUUUUGAUGACAAUGUGACUAGAAUUAUCGGUUCAAUCUUAGAUGGACAUAUUUUAGAUCAAUUUGAUGCUGCUAGAACACUUACCAAGGACGACCGUGUCAGUUAUGAUACUUCUGCCAGCAUUCAGACUGAACCAUCCAACAUUAAUCAUGAUUUGUCAGAUGUUUCAUUGGUCUCUUCCCUUUCACAAUCACCACUAUCUUUCAACUCAGGCACUAAUAUUGCUAACGCACGAUCCUGGGAAAUUCAAUCAAUUUUGCCAACUUUAUCAAACAGAUCAAGCGCUUCUGAUUUAAGUUUGCCUAAUGUUUUGACAAAUUCUUUGGAAGCUCAACAAAGCAAUAAUGCAAUUCCGUUAUCUCAGAGGCUAUCUGGAGUGUCUACCAGUAAGAGAUACGCUUCGCCGAACGAUUCAGAAAGAUCACGACAAAGUCCAUAUUCUUCUCCCCCGCAAUUACAACAAGGUGAUUUGCCUUCUCCUCUCUCGAUUCUUUCUACUGGAGCUGGAUUUGCUUCAAGUCAUUCAAUGGCAACAACUCCCACGAUUUUGAAAAACAUUAAAUCUCCAAAACCUAACAGGUCAAAGAAAAUUGCAGAUGAUAAACAAUUAAAACAGCCUAUGCAUACUAAAAUAGUGCUUAGUGAUAAUGAUGAAGCACGAAGAAUUAUGAUGAAUAUUUUUAGCAUUUUUAAAAGAAUGACAAAUUGGUUUAUUCGUCCAAAUGCUAACGCUGAAUUUCCAAAGACCUUUACAGACAUUAUAAAGCCACUAUUUGUGGCUAUACUAGAUUCAAAUCAAAGACUACAAGUUACUGCACAAGCCUUUAUUGAAAUUCCGUUAAGUUAUAUAGCCGCUUUCGAAGAUAUCGAUAAUGAGCUUGACCCAAAAGUGUUAAAUGACCACUACUUGUUAUGUACAUACGCUAUAACCUUAUUCGCAUCCUCGCUAUUUGAUCUGAAGCUAGAAAAUGGCAAAAGAGAAAUGUUACUAGGCAUUAUUGUCAAAUUUCAACAAGUUCGUUCGUAUCUAUCAAAUUUAGCACAAAAACACAAUUUGGUCCAGGCAGUUAUUACGACGGAAAGAUUAACGUUGCCCUUACUAGUUGGUGCUAUUGGAAGCGGAAUCUUUAUUUCACUAUAUUGUAGUCGUGGAAAUACGCCGCGUUUAUUGAAGGUAUCGUGUUGUGAAUUUUUACACUCCCUGAGAUUUUAUCAAAAAGUUGUAGGGCCAUUAGACGAGUACUCCAUUUACAAUAUUGAUUUUAUAGAUUCUAUGGCCCAAGACAAUUUUACUGCCUCAGGGUCAGUCGCUUUCCAACGUCGUUUAAGGAAUAACAUUUUGACUUACAUUAAAGGAUCUGAUUCGAUCCUUCUGGACGCGAUGGACGUAAUUUAUAAGAAAUGGUUUUACUUCAGUUGUUCAAAAGCUCUUACGCAGGAAGAAUUGGUUGAUUUCAGAAGCCUUGCAGGCAUUUUGGCAUCGAUGUCAGGCAUUCUUUCUGACAUGCGAGAGUUUGAGAAAAAUAAAAAUGCCACGACUAAUAAUGAAACCAGAUCAUCAUUUGACUUGCGAAAUCCUGUUUAUGAUAUACACAACGAACUUAAAUUUGAACUUACCAAAAAAAUGAAUUACUUUGUUUCAAAACAAUGCCAAUGGUUGAAUAAUUCAAAUUUGUUGACGAGAGAAAAUUCAAGAGAUAUUUUGAGCACUGAAUUGCAUCCGCUUUCUUUUGACUUAUUAUUUGAUAAUUUGAGAGUAAAGAUAAAUGAAUUGACAUCGGUUGAUCUUUCGAAGCCUUAUGAGGAUUCAUCUUUCGUCUUAUUAGAACAAAUCAUAAUCAUAAUAAGAACGAUAUUAAAGAGGGACGACGACGAAAAAACAAUGCUGCUCUUUCUCAACGACUUACUUGAUGCCGUUACUAAACUAACUGAAAUAGUUGAAAAAAUCUCGGUGCUGUCAUCAAAGUAUUAUAAGGGAAUUAUUCAAAUGUCUAAAAUGUUUAGAGCAUUUGAGCACUCUGAAUCAAACUUGGGUAUCUCAAACCAUUUCCACUUGAAGAAUGAGUGGCUGAAAUCAGUUAUUGGUUGGUUCAAAUUGUCCAUCAACAAAGACUAUGAUUUUGAGAAUUUGUCGAAACCACUAAGAGAGAUGGAUUUACAAAAGAGGGAUGAGGAUUUUCUUUAUAUCGACACCUCUAUAGAAUCCGCAAAAGCAUUGGCAUAUCUGACACGUAACGUUCCGCUAGAAGUUCCGCCCUCGAGUUCAAAAGAAGACUGGAAUAGAUCCUCCACAAUAUUAUUUGGUAACCAUUUCACUAUACUGUUAAAAGGUUUAGAAAAAAGUGCAGACCUGAACCAGUUUCCGGUUUCAUUGAGGCAUAAGAUAAGUAUACUUAACGAAAAUGUAAUCAUUGCUCUAACAAACUUAUCUAAUGCUAACGUCGAUGUCUCCUUAAAGUUUACUUUACCAAUGGGUUAUUCUACAAAUAAGGAUAUCAGAAUUGCUUUUUUGAGAGUUUUCAUUGAUAUUGUGUCAAAUUAUCCAGUUAACCCCGAGAAGCAUGAAAUGGACAAGACACUGGCGGUGGACGAUAUGCUGAGAUAUGUGAUUAAGAAUCCAAUACUCGCGUUUUUUGGCAGUUUGGCUUGUCCACCCGCCGAUGUAGAUCUAUACGCUGGGGGGUUCUUGAAUGCUUUUGAGACGCGAAAUGCAUCACAUAUCCUCGUCACCGAACUUCUUAGCCAAGAAAUUAAACGGGCCGCAAAGUCAGAUGAUAUACUGAGAAGAAACAGUUGUGCAACCAGAGUGUUAUCGCUUUAUGCCAGGUCUAGAGGUAACAAGUAUUUGAUAAAAACUUUAAGACCUGUCCUGCAAGAAAUAGUCGACCAUAAGGAGUCGUUUGAAAUUGAAAAGAUGAAAGCUGAAUCCAAAAACUCUGAGGAUAUGUUAGAUUUGUUCGAAAAAAGUAUGACAAAAUUAAUUGAUGCAAUCACAAAUUCUAUCGGAGAUUUCCCGAUAGAGUUAAUCGAUGUCUGUAAAACUAUUUAUGAUGUUACAAGUGUCAAUUUCCCUGACUACGCGUACAUUGCAGUAGGAUCUUUUGUAUUUUUGAGAUUUAUCGGGCCCGCUUUGGUAAGCCCUGAUUCAGAAAAUAUCAUUAUUGUCACGCAUGCCCAUGACAGGAAGCCAUUUAUCACAUUAGCUAAAGUUAUCCAAAGUCUAGCCAAUGGUAGAGAAAAUAUGUUUAAAAGUGAUAUUUUAGCUUCAAAAGAGGAAUUUUUAAAGGUCUGUAGUGAUAAGAUAUUCGGAUUCUUGUCAAGAUUAUGCAAGAUACCUACUGAUAACUUUACCGUUAAUGUGAGAAAAGAUCCCACGCCGAUAAGUUUUGACUAUUCUUUUCUGCACAAGUUCCUUUAUCUUAACGAUCUCAGCAUUCGAAAAGAAAUCAUCAAAGAAUCAAAUUUACCUGGUGAGUUCAACUUCUUAAAGGAAACCGCUAUAUUCAACAAUAGAAUACUUGGAGUAAUGGGCCAGCCACAGAUGGAAAUCAAAAAUGAAAUUCCCCCUUUCGUCGUCGAAAAUCGAGAGAAAUACCCCUUAUUAUAUGAAUUUAUGAGUCGGUAUGCUUUUAAAAAAGUGGAUUUAAAUGAAGAAGAAGACGAUGCACCAUUUGUGCAUGAAUCGAUGACAUUGGAUGGUAUGCAAAUUAUAGUUGUAACAUUCACAAAUUCCCAGUACAAUAAUGUCGUGAUGGAUUUGCUGGUUUAUAAAGUAUUGCAAAUAUAUGCGAGAAUGUGGUCAACAAAGCACUAUGUCAUUAUCGAUUGUACGACGUUUUAUAGUGGACAAGCUAAUUUUCAAAAGCUAACUACACUAUUUUUUAGUCUAAUACCAGAACAAGCAUCAAAUAACUGUAUGGGAUGCUAUUAUUUCAAUGUCAAUAAAGUAUUUAUGGACCAGUGGACCGCAUCGUAUACGGUAGAAAACCCCUAUUUAAUGGGUGAUAUUCCCCAUUGUUUCAUCAAUAGUAGUAGCGAUCAAAAUCUGAUAAAAUCAUUAGGAUUGAGUGGAAAAAGUACUGAAGUUUUAAAGGAUGUACGAGUUACUUUGCAUGAAAUUACUCUUUACGAUAAGGAAAAGAAGAAAUUUUGCCCUGUUUCGUUAAAAAUAGGAAACAAGUACUUCCAAGUCCUCCACGAAAUUCCUCAGUUGUACAAAGCUAUGGACAAUUCGUUAAGCGUUAAAUUUAACAAUGUUUAUAAGAUAUCAGAUUUACUUUCAGUUGAUGUCUCUAGUACUACUGGUGUUUCUUCAGAAUUUACUUUAACUUUCGACAAUGAAGAGAAAUUAGUCUUCUGUAGCCCCAAGUUCCUAGAAAUUGUGAAAAUGUUUUACUAUGCCCAAUUGAAGAUGGAAGAAGAAUUUGGCACAGACUUUUCAAAUGACGUAUCACUUUCAUUGUCUUCUUCUGCAGUUAACACUUCUGACCCUAAUGUGAAAGAAGUCGGUGAAAUUAUAUCACAUUUAUCACUGGUAAUCCUUGUAGGUCUAUUCAACGAGGACGAUCUCGUCAAGAAUAUAUCUUACAAUCUUCUUGUGGCAACACAAGAAGCAUUCGGCUUGGAUUUUGGGACUAGACUUCACAAAUCCCCAGAAACAUAUGUGCCAGACGAUACCACUACGUUCUUGGCUCUAAUAUUCAAAGCCUUUUCGGAAUCAUCGACCGAGUUAACUCCAUAUAUAUGGAAGUAUAUGCUGGAAGGUCUUGAAAAUAAUGUAAUUCCUCAAGAACAUAUACCAACGGUUGUUUCUUCGCUAUCAUAUUGGGUGCCAAACUUAUAUGAACAUGUAUAUUUGGCAAAUGACGAAGAAGGUCCAGAGACAAUCUCACGUAUAAUUUACAGUUUGAUCAGAUUGACGGUAAAAGAGCCAAAUUUUACGACAGCUUACCUUCAGCAAAUCUGGUUUUUACUGGCUUUGGAUGGUCGUCUCACAAAUAUCAUUGUUGAAGAAAUAGUAAGCCAUGCGCUGGAUAGAGAUUCUGAAAACAGGGACUGGAUGAAAGCCGUCUCGAUACUAACCAGUUUUCCAACAACAGAGAUAGCUUGCCAAGUGAUAGAGAAAUUAAUCGAUAUGAUCAAGUCUUUCUUACCCUCUCUUGUGGUGGAGGCUUCCUCGCAUAGUUGGUCGGAGCUUACUAUUUUAUCGAAAAUCAGCGUUUCGAUAUUUUUCGAGUCACCGUUACUUUCGCAGAUGUAUUUGCCAGAAAUUCUUUUUGUCGUGUCUUUGUUAAUCGAUGUUGGUCCCACUGAAAUACGAGUUUCGUUGUAUGAGCUAUUGAUGAAUGUUUGCCACUCUUUAACCAAUAAUGAAUCGUUGCCUGAUGGCAACAGAAAGAAUCUAGAUAUGGUCUGCGCAACUUUUGCCCGUCAAAAGUUGAAUUUUGUUUCUGGUUUUAGCCAAGGAAAGGGCAAAAUUUUGCCAAACUUCAAUGCCUCCUCUUUCUCAAGUAAGUUCGGGACAUUAGACCUUUUCACACAAAACAUUAUGUUACUGAUGAAAUAUGGUUCUAUUUCUGAAAGCGCACAAUGGGAAACUAAGUAUAAGAAGUAUUUGAUGGAUUCGAUUUUUGGUCAUCGAUCGUUCUUCUCUGCGAGAGCCAUGAUGAUUUUGGGUAUUAUGAGCAAAUCGCACACAUCUCUUUUUCUUUGUAAAGAACUCCUGGUGGAGACUAUGAAAGUUUUCGCACAGCCAAUUGUUGACGAUGAGCAAAUGUUCAUUAUUAUAGCGCAUAUCUUCACAUAUAGCAAGAUCGUUGAAGGACUAGAUCCCACUUCAGAUUUAAUGAAAGAGCUCUUUUGGCUGGCUACCAUAUGUGUUGAAUCUCCCCACCCGUUAUUAUUUGAAGGAGGUCUUCUGUUUAUGGUGAGCUGUUUGAAGCAACUGUAUACAAUACAUUUACAACUUGAUUUUAAUGGCAAAUCUUUAGCAAGGAAAUUAAUGGAAUCGAGAAAAUUUGCUGCCACUCUUCUUGUAGAGUUAGAGUCAUACAAUGGAUGCAUUUGGAACGAAGACAAUUUUCCACAUAUUAUCCUUGGAUUCAUUGCAAAUGGUUUGUCUAUCCCUGUUGUGAAAGCAGCCGCGUUAGAUUGUUUACAAGUUCUUUUCAAGAAUACAUAUUAUGAAAGAAAAUCCGAUCCAAAAUCUUCAGAUUAUCUUUGUUACCUCUUUCUGCUGCAUUUGGUAUUGAGUCCUGAACAACUAUCUACUUUGCUACUUGAAAUCGGUUUCGAAGAUGAGUUGGUACCUUUAAAUAAUUCACUUCAAAUGCCAUUAACUUUGAUCAACUGGCUAAGCUCAGACUCAGAGAAGUCUAGUAUAGCUUUAUAUCAAGGAGCUCUUGUGUUUAGCUGUGUCAUGUCAGAUGAGCCAUGCAAGUAUCGUUUUGCCGUACUGUUAAAGUACUUACUCAAAGUUAACCCUGUUUGUGUGUUCAGGUUUUACACGUUAACAAGGAAAGAGCUUAGAAGGCUAUCGACAUUAGAACAGUCGUCAGACGCGGUCGCCCUCUCUUUCGAAAUCAUCAGCCUACUUGUCACACAUAGCGAGUUCAACUACCUGGAAGAGUUUAACGUCGAAAUGACAGACCUCUUGAAAAAAAGAGGUUUGUCAGUUAUAAAACCGCUCGAUAUUUUUGAUCAAGAACAUGUUGAUAAGCUUAAGGGAGAGGGUGAACACCAAGUGGCAAUUUAUGAAAGGAAAAGAUUAGCAACGAUGAUAAUAGCAAGAAUGACGUGCACCUAG